ACGGGACUGACAAAGAGAAUUUGUCUAACAAUCAAGAGCUUCUUGAGUUUACAAUCACACACUUUAUUCUCGUGACAAUGGUUGAUUUAGGGGUUACACUGUUGGGAGAAAUUGGAUGCAGAUCAUGCAGGGGUGAAAGAGUUAAUCGCUUCAAAUAGAGUGAUGUUAUGGUAAACCUUAUAGCACUCAGCCAGGGUUGAAUCAUGUAGAACUGAUCUUCUGAGAACAUUCUUUUAUUUCUUGCUUCAACAACUGAUAGAGAAAAAGGUCUUUUUUCCUAUGAAGAAAUUUUACUUACCAGUCUUAUCAUGAAUUGUCGAGAAUAAAGUUAUCUACAGAAGACUGGGAAAAAAUAAUUUAUUUGUUAAAUCUUUAAUUGUAAGCGAUUUCUGGCUUAUGAAGGAUAAGCCACGACAAUGCUAUGUCACGCAAUCUUCGUGACAUGCACGAAAUGUAUUCGGUAUUCAUCUUUGAUCAGCGGUAGAACUGGAGAAGAAGGAAGCUCAGGAAAGCACAGGAAAGUGAAAGGCGGAAGUCUUAUUGAUUAAAUAUUCCACUCCAAAUGGCUGUGGGCGAUUUCUUUUUCACUCCGUUGGUUCUCUUCAUUGUUCCUAAACAUUGCCACGAUGAAUUUUUCGUCAACUUUAACUUUUUCCACGUUGCUUGCCUGAAGAUUGCACUCAGCAAAUGCCUUGGGUAUAUUAUUGUGGUUUUAGCUCCAAUCAGUUUCUCAGAUCACGACAAACUUCCGCAAUGGUCACACGGGCCAGUUGUCAUUCAUCAUGGUACUUCUGCUACUGUUUACUCACGCGGCACGUAUCUUCACUACGAUGCAAGAGACUGGGGACAAGUACAUGCUGGCUAUUUUCACCCUCUCAACCGUAUUUAACAAAAAAAUGGUUACACAGAUAUUGUAUUAUUGGAACGCUACAACUGAUGCCCAAAAGAAGAAAGAGUAGUGAACACCUAAUGUUUGAUUUCGUUGGAGGACAAUCUAGGAGAACUUCAAAUAAAAUCAAAUUAUUUAAGUCA